AUGGCCAACCAAGAGGAAAUGGCACAGGAUACACUGGAAAGCCCCGUACCUUUUCAUGGCGACCCAACAUCACAUGACAUUUAUGACCUGUUAGGGGCAAUCCACAAGAUUGAGACCCUAGAGGGUCCACAGGUUCUACUCUCAGCGUCAGAGGACAAGGAGCGUGAAACCCCUCUCUCGCCAUUUCCUCACUCAAAUCGAAUAUGCAAAGUUCUGGAUUCCCUUGCCACCUUGUGCGUUUCGCAGAGGAAACAUGAGGUGAUUGCCCUCGCCACCCGAUACGAUGCAACAAACCGGACUAUCAGGUUCAUGAUAGCUUCUGACGCUGAUGUCCUACCCGAAACUGAGAAACCUUUUCAAAAUAUGUGA